ACUGGGAAUGAGCUGGAGUGGGCGCCUCUCCGCGCACACAGAGCGGGGCAGGAGGGGGAGGAGGAGGGAGCUGCCGCCGCCGCCGCCGCCGGGGAGAGGCGGCGAACUCCGGGCAAAGUUUGGAGCCGCGGGCCCGCGGCGCUGAGGCAGCGGCGGGGCGGGGAGCGGCCGGGCCGGGCCGGGCAGGGCCGCGCGGUGUGAGGCGGCGGCGGCGGGGCGAGCGCGGGGGGCGGCGGGCACAGCUCGGAGCCGGCGGCGGGCGCUGCCGGCACAGCCAGCAUGUCCUCCAUCCUGCCCUUCACUCCUCCCAUCGUCAAGCGGCUCCUGGGCUGGAAGAAAGGCGAGCAGAACGGGCAGGAGGAGAAAUGGUGCGAGAAGGCGGUGAAGAGCCUGGUGAAGAAGCUGAAGAAGACGGGGCAGCUGGACGAGCUGGAGAAGGCGAUCACCACGCAGAACAUCAACACCAAGUGCAUCACCAUCCCCAGGUCCCUGGAUGGGCGGCUGCAGGUGUCCCACAGGAAGGGGCUGCCCCACGUCAUCUACUGCCGCCUGUGGCGCUGGCCCGACCUGCACAGCCACCACGAGCUGCGCGCCAUGGAGAUGUGCGAGUUCGCCUUCAACAUGAAGAAGGACGAAGUCUGUGUCAACCCCUACCACUACCAGAGAGUGGAGACCCCAGUGCUGCCUCCGGUGCUGGUGCCUCGGCACACGGAAAUUCCGGCCGAAUUCCCGCCCCUGGAUGACUACAGCCACUCCAUCCCAGAGAACACUAACUUCCCUGCAGGUAUCGAGCCCCAGAGCAACUACAUUCCAGAGACCCCUCCUCCAGGCUAUUUGAGUGAGGAUGGAGAAACCAGUGACCACCAGAUGAACCUCAGCAUGGAUGCAGGUUCUCCAAACUUAUCACCAAACCCCAUGUCUCCAGCACACAACAACCUGGAUCUGCAGCCCGUGACCUACUGCGAGCCGGCCUUCUGGUGCUCCAUAUCCUACUACGAGCUCAACCAGAGGGUGGGAGAGACCUUCCACGCCUCGCAGCCCUCCAUGACCGUGGAUGGCUUCACUGACCCCUCCAACUCGGAGCGCUUCUGCCUGGGCCUGCUCUCCAACGUCAACAGGAACGCGGCCGUGGAGCUCACCCGGCGGCACAUCGGCCGCGGCGUGAGGCUGUACUACAUCGGCGGGGAGGUGUUCGCCGAGUGCCUCAGCGACAGCGCCAUCUUCGUGCAGUCCCCGAACUGCAACCAGCGCUACGGCUGGCACCCGGCCACGGUCUGCAAGAUCCCGCCAGGCUGCAACCUGAAGAUCUUUAACAACCAGGAGUUUGCGGCGCUGCUGGCGCAGUCGGUGAACCAGGGCUUCGAGGCCGUGUACCAGCUGACCCGCAUGUGCACCAUCCGCAUGAGCUUCGUCAAGGGCUGGGGCGCCGAGUACAGGAGGCAGACUGUGACCAGCACUCCCUGCUGGAUCGAGCUGCACCUCAACGGGCCCCUGCAGUGGUUGGACAAGGUCCUCACACAGAUGGGCUCCCCCAGCAUCCGCUGCUCCAGCGUCUCCUAAGGAAACUCCUCCUGGGGGCCCGAGGGGGAGCAGAGACUCUGGAACACCCGAAGCAAAGCAGUAAACAACUCCCCAGUUAUCCAAGCGAUGAGAAAAAAAUCUGCUUCAAAAACAAAAAAAGAAGUGGGUUUUUUUUGUUUUGUUGUUGUUUUAAAUACCCGUUUAAGCCACUUCCACUGAAACUGUCGGCACUUUGGUGGGGAUGCUCCGCUGCAGUUGGGAUUUGGAGGAGGAGCUGGAGGUUGUUUCAGUGGAGAGCAGCAGGGCCCGCCUGCCCCGGCCGUGUGAGCGCACAGGAGCCACCCCAGCUCCAGGGAAACUUCCCCUUCCCUCACACAGCUCCUGCAGCGCCCCAGGAACACCACAGGCACCGGGAUGGCUCCUGCUGGUGCUCCUUCCCCACCCGCCUGAUCCACUGCAGCAGCAGGGGCAAGGAGGCAUUUCAAACGCCCCAGAGACCAAUUCCUCCAGGAAUGUUCUGAAACAAAGGAAUCUCCCACGCUGGCCUUGCAGCGAGGAGGCAGAGCCUGCUGCCCAGGGAUGAUGCUGCCCUCCUGGACCAGCCUGGAUUCACAGGAGCAAAAGGCCCCUUGGAGAAAGGCUCUUCCUGGUGUUGCUGCGGCGAUUUUUGCCUGGAGCUGCUCCAGAGUCGAGGGAGCCCUGCCUGCAGCAGCCCAGGCCCUGCUCUCUGUCUGCCUGCACUGACCACAGCAGCCCGGGCUGUGUCUGCCCAGCCCCGCCUCUCCCUGCUCCGGGCGGGGCAGCCCGGAGGGGAUCCCGCGCUGUCACAUGCAGCAGCCAGGACAUCUCACACACAGCCAGCCCUCUGUGUGAAACUUGUUCCAGCUGAUGAAAAUGCUCUAAGAUGUGUUUUUGCCUGGAGAAAUCAGGAGAGUGUAUUUACUUGUAUUAUAAAAUGUUCAUUUUAAACAUACAUGCUCCAGACUGUUUAAUAUUUUUUAUCCCUGCAGCAACUGUCGUGGCAAACAACUUCCACAACUGGAAAAAAACCCCUUAGCACUUGUUUUUAUGGUUCACAUUUGCCAAAUAAGUCUCAUAACUUUGUCAGUGCUGUCCAAUUAUCUGUUUCUUUAUAUCUGCAGUGAAUAUCUUAUGCAUUUGUGCCAAAAUAUUAGAGGGGGAGGGGAGAAAGUGAUAAUCAGUUUCCUAUGGAAAUCUCUUUUUUUUCUUGUUUUUUUUAUCUAUGAAAGACAAACAAGCUGGAUGUGGCUGUGGGAAGGACUGACUGGGAUGGACUUGAGGAUGGUUUUGAUAAAGCCUUAUUCCUCAUCCUCUGGGGGAACUGACUGGAUCAAACACCCACCAGGAGUUUCCGUGCACCUCCUUUCCCACCUGUGGGACCUCUGCCAGCACUCCUGGAGCUGAGGGCACCAGACGCCACCAGAACGGCUCCAGAGGCUGCUGCUGCUGCUGGAAAUGCAGAGGAAGGGAUGGUCUGGGGAGUUUCCUUCCAGAAACAACUCCCUGUUCAAACACCUGGAAUGGGAAUGCCUGGGAGGACUCUCGGUGGUGGAUGUGCUCCUGGUGGCACAGGACUUUGGAUAUCCUCUGGCUGAGCCUGGACUGGAGCUGCUCUGUGCACUGGGGGCUUGUGGGGUGUUUGAUUUGUUCAUUUUACAGUGUGUCUGAUCUGAGUUACACCUCUGACUGCACAGACUGGGGCAAGAAGAGACCUGUAUAAAACAGGCAUUUUUGGGCCAUUUACAAAGCAGGUCUGUUGUCACCAUGGAUUGGUUCAGAUACAGGUUUCUAACACAGCUGCAAAGAAAAAUUUAUCCUGAAUAUUGUACAAAUAUUUGACUUUCAUCUGUUUAAAUGAGAGGAGGGGAAAAUCUGCUCUGUAAAAUGGCCCCAGGUUUCCUCCAUGAGUGUUUUAUUUGCUUAUUUUGGUGACAAAUGUUGUUGUUGUCCUCAUAAUCACAGAGGAAAUUGGACUCUGGUGCCUCCUGCAUUAAGCACAGAAGUGACAUCUGAAAUUCCAGAGGCAGGGAUUGCAGGUGAUGGUGUGAGGGGAGCCCAGCCUGAUCCAAGGCCACGAGUGGGAAUAAAUCCCAACUUUAAUACGAGAUUUGCACACAGAGUCACCUCCUCAGCCAGCCUGGAUUUCCGCUGGGAACCAGAGCUACAGCUCCUUGCUAAAGGAUAAUUAAUUGCUGACCAUUAUUAAUUGAGGCCUUUUGAAACCAGGAUUCAGAUGAUGCAUAAAAACUUUGGUUAAUCUCCCCUCAUCAUCCCUUAAGCACAAUGACUUCCAGUGGAAAAUGUGAGCUGGCCCAGCAGUGCAGUGAGGUCCAGGGGAGAUUAUCUCCGCUCCAGCAUUAAUUUCCUCUCUCCCCUUUGUUUGCUCUCUCUGGCUCAAAGCUCGGGGGGUUCUGGAGUCACCUCGGGGAGCCCGGCAGGGGAUCAGGGUGGCCCAGGGAUGUUCUGCCCUGCAUGGUCACAGUGGCAGGGGCUGCAGAUGGAAGUGAAUUCCCGUUCCCGUGGCCAGCAGGGACAGGGAGCAGGGGCUGGGCUGGGAUUGCUGCAGGAGCAGGGGCUGGGCUGGGAUUGCUGCAGGAGCAGGCCCUGAGGGCCCUGGAGGCUUUGUGUGAGUUCUAGAACUCGAUCAAAGCAGCGUUGGUGUGGAGCUCAGAGGGAUGGGAGCCCUGGCUCAGGCUGCAGCUCCAGGCUGGAAUAGGCUCUCAUUUUGUGGCAGGCUGGGCUGGUCUCACCAGGAUUUCACCCAUUUCUGUUCCCCAGAGUCGGCAGCAGCACCUUUGGCUCUUCCCUCAUGUGGCUGCACAGCAGGCCUGGCUGCUGGCAGGGACACGCAGGGCCCUGUGCUUUUGCAGGCUCUGUGAUCUGUUUAUUGUUCACGUAUUGAAGGGCAGGUUGUGUUUUGUGCUAAGCUUGUCUUAGGAGUAAUCCAGGGCUGUCCAUUUGAUUUAAUCUCCAGCAAUCAGUGUGCACAUGCACAGAGAUGGAGAAAUCCCAUCGUAAGGCAUUUCCCUGGAGCUCUGGCUGCCCCAGGAAAAGGCCGAGGGAGCCUCUGAGUUACUCAGGGUUCCUCCCCCGUGGAUCAGGAUCCUCAGCGGGAUGAGGGAUGCUCAGGGCUCAGCUCAGGCAGCACUGCUGACACUGUGCCUUGAGCUGCUUCCUGACUGGACACGCAGCAAGAACCCAGCCCAGGGAAGCACCUGAGCCCCCCCACCCCGCAUCCAGGGGCUCCCCUGGUUCCCUGAGGGGCUGGAGAGGCAGGAGGGUGGAAUUUCAUGCUGUGCUAAGCUGGGAUGAGAACCAGGCCUGAGCAGUGUGGUUGAGAAGUUCAAUGUUUUUUACUAUGUACCUGCUUUUGUAUUUAUGUGUCUUUCUCGAAUAUUCAGAUGAAUCCAAUAUUUAAUUUUUAGCGGAAGGGGCAAUUAAGGACUCAGAGUAUUAAAUCUUCCAUCUGCUCUUUGCUGAUGAUUGCUGGAAAUGAGGAGUUUGUGAUGUGAGAACAGAGCUGGGCACAAAGUCCCACGAGCCCUCGGGUCCCAGAGGGGCCCUUUGUGCUCCUCGGGGCUGAUGAGGCUCUAAAAACCAAACCCAGUUCCCCCGGAGCUCGCUGGGUCCCCCUCUGUCCCCCGCGGGUGCACAGGAGCUGGUGGAGCUCGGAGCUCCUCCCCUGCUGCCCAGCCCAGCCCGGCCCGGCCCGGCCCGGCCCAGCCCAGCCCGGCCCGGCCGCGCCUCCUCCCGCUCUCCCCCGCAGCCCCACCGCGUUGGUUACUCGAGGCCUGCCCCAUGUACGCCCUCCCCUUCCCACGUGGAACUGUACGGUCUGAUUUUGACAUUUUAAUAAACUUUGAUUGGAAA